UCAUUUACAACAGCAGAGGAGCGCCAGAGCUGACUGCAGCUUCACGCUCCAUUUGUCCUCCAUUCUCCCUUUAAGUAUUCCUGUAAUAUUAAUAAUCAUGAAUAACAAGUAUUACGAGGUGGUGUAGAGAGGCAGAGGGAAGGGGCAUAAGAACAGUCUGAGUCUUGCCUUGGGUUGAAGAGGAUUGCAACAGGAGCUCUGAAAAAAACAAAAACAUUUCCAGUCGUUUUGGGGCAAUUGUUAAUAAAUAGUCCUGGGAAUACCUCUAGAUUUGUUCUUUGUACCUUCAAGUCUCUUUUGAUAUUUUCAUAGUUAUUUGUUUUUGCUGUGAAUAGACAUUCUUCCAGAUGUUAGUCCAUACGUAUUCAGCCAUGGACCGACACGAUGGCGUCCCAAGCCACAGUUCCAGACUGUCCCAGCUGGGCUCAGUGUCUCAGGGACCUUACUCCAGCGCUCCCCCGCUCUCCCAUACCCCAUCCUCGGAUUUCCAGCCACCUUACUUUCCUCCUCCUUACCAACCUCUCCCGUACCACCAGAGCCAGGAUCCUUACUCCCAUGUCAACGAUCCCUACUCCCUGAACCCUCUGCAUCAACCGCAACAACACCCCUGGGGGCAGAGACAGCGACAAGAAGUUGGAUCAGAAGCCGGGUCUUUGCUGCCCCAGGCCCGGGCUUCCUUGUCCCAGCUCUCUGGACUGGACCCUAGACGGGACUAUCCCUCAGUCAGGCGCCCAGAUGUUCUUCUUCAUUCCGCACACCACGGGCUUGAUUCCGGCAUGGGGGACAGCCUGUCCCUGCACGGCAUUGGGCAUGCUGGAAUGGAAGACAUCCAGACAGUUGAAGACGCCAAUAACAGUGGCAUGAGUCUAUUGGACCAGUCAGUGAUUAAAAAAGUUCCAGUUCCCAGUAAGAGCGUCACCUCUAUUAUGAUGAGCAAGGAUGGUCUAAUUGGUGGAAUGGGAGUCAACACAAAUGAAGUGUUUUGUUCUGUACCUGGUCGCCUGUCCCUUCUUAGUUCGACUUCCAAAUACAAAGUGACCGUGGGCGAGGUUCAGAGACGACUCUCCCCUCCAGAAUGUCUGAAUGCAUCCUUAUUGGGUGGCGUUCUCAGGAGAGCAAAAUCGAAAAACGGUGGGAGAUCAUUGAGAGAAAAGCUAGAAAAAAUCGGUUUGAAUUUACCCGCAGGCAGGCGCAAAGCUGCAAAUGUCACGCUACUAACCUCACUAGUCGAAGGGGAAGCGGUGCACUUAGCCAGGGAUUUUGGCUAUAUGUGUGAAACUGAAUUUCCAGCUAAAGCUGUAUCGGAAUACCUAAAUAGACAACACACAGAUCCCAAUGAGCUGCAUUCACGGAAAAACAUGAUCCUGGCAACAAAGCAACUUUGUAAGGAAUUUACAGACCUCCUGGCUCAGGACAGGACGCCCUUGGGCAACAGCAGACCAAGCCCCAUUUUGGAACCGGGCAUCCAAAGCUGUUUAUCUCAUUUUAGCCUCAUCACUCAUGGCUUCGGGUCUCCUGCCAUCUGUGCUGCCCUCACUGCCCUCCAAAACUACCUGACGGAGGCCCUGAAAGGACUGGACAAGAUGUUUUUAAACAACAACACCUCAAACAGGCACACAUCAGGGGAAGGACCUGGCUCCAAGUCUGGAGAUAAAGAAGAUAAACACAGGAAAUAAAAGAAAAAUCCAAAUCAUUUAUAUUCUAGCUUUAAAAUAUUGCAAAUACUUGGAAAUGGAACAAUUUCAAGGAGGAAGAAAAAAGGAAGAAGAAACAGGCACACUAGAGAACGACACCGUGGGUCAACAUCGGUAGCAAAGGAUUUCUUUUUCACCUUAUAUUUUUAGAAAGACGUUUAGCUGAUGAGUCAAACACUCCACAUUGUGACUUUGCCAAUAUAUAAAUAUCUAUUCUUUUGUAUUCCUGGGAUUCAUUUCACCCAUUCUUCUUGCAGUUUUGAUUUUACACCGUGCUGAAGAUUUUUCCCCUCGACCUUUGACAUGUGCUACGUUCCUGAUGUAUCCUAUUGUUCUUUCCCUCGAGCCAUAUAGCCUAUGGAUGUCUCACCUGUUCAAGACUAUAUUUUCUUUGAAUUUGUGGGGCACAGAUUUCAAAGGGGUACAACACUGUCCAUUGCCACAUAAUGGUUUUUCACCUUUUUUGUUUAAUUAAUUGCCUUGGACAAACAAGGGUACAUUUAAUUCAGGUAUCAGUACUGUGCUGAAUGUAUGUGUGCGUUCUCCUGAAAUCAACAUUGUACUGGUGAUAUCAUGGCAUUUUAUCUGAUACUUAACCUACAGUACAGUUGGCCAAAAAUUAAAAAAAACAACAACUGAGAUACCCAUAACAAAAAUGGUCCUGAUUAUUCAAAUUUUGGGAUGAGACAGCACUUGAUUAAAACAGCUUUGUAAAGUAAAUAGAGCGUACACUUUGUGAUAUCGAAGAAAAUAUUAUAUAUUUAAUGUAAACUUGCUUGAAUUCAUCAUCGACUGAUUACGCUAUGGCACCUUUUGUUUUUAUUUUAAUGAUAUCAUGAAAAAAGGAAAAAAACGUGUGACUUUCCUUUAUUGGUGAUAUCAUCUUUAGAAUAGGUCACAGCCUGAUAUCAGUUGAUAUGACCCCCUAAAAUAAUUUUGUGGAUAACUGAUAAUGAAAGGCUCCAUAUAUUUUGGCAUACUUGUGUACAGUGUUAGUGGUUAAGAGACCUUCCAUGAAUAGAUUACAUUCCAUUGUCGUCUAUAUCAACAACCAUAUUCACGUAAGCCUAUAUUAUAAUAUUUAAAAAAGUGUACAAUAAUAUUAAUAAUAACUACAACAACAACAACAACAACAACAACAACAACAACAACAACAACAACAAUAAUAAUAAUAAUAAUAAUAAUAAUAAUAAUAAUAAUAAUAAUAAUAAUAAUAAGUCCCAUUUGAGGUUUUCAUCUGUUGAGUAGAACUUGACAGACCUCAUCCAUCCCUGUAUGGUUUCAAUAGAAUGCAUUCAUAUAAAAAUGUACAAUAAAGGCCUAGUAGAUAUUUAGAUUUAACACAGACCAUUAAGCAACAUAAAUUAUAUGUUAGGUUUAUCAUAGCUCUCCAAGUUGUCCACCUAAAUCAGAUUAGACCUAUGUAAGAUUAACCAUCUUUAAUCUGGGAAAAGGUACUGUUUAAUCCAAGUACAUUUGUUUAUUCUUUUUGUCAACAAAAUGUUAUUAACUAUUUAAAAUUAUAUAAUACUUUAAAAACACUGAAGUUCAUAUUAGAAUUUAGGACUCCCACUGAAUGUCAUUUGGAGUCAUUCCAACAUGCCCUUUGUUAAGGUCAUUACAAAUACGGUUUACAGGAAAACUGUGAAUGGCUCAAACUGCUACGCAAUGGGAGUUUUGAUUAAUUCCCUGUAGUGUCAGAAACUUAGUUGGACGGAUUCAUAAACAAAAGGCUUCAGGUGUAGAUUUGUUAUUUUGUGCCCUAGCAGAUAAACUUAUAAACAUCUCGUGCUAUCAUACAUUUUUAAACUGACAUUUUCAGUUAUGAUUUUUAUGGUCAUUCUUGUCUAUGCACGUUAAAUUGCUUUUUAAAAGUUGGCACUUACCCUUUCUUCACUCAAAUAUAUAAUUAAAAGAUUAGGUAAAUUACUGUGGAAUCAAAUCGAAACAAAACUUCAGCUGGCAUUCCCUCUGUCACUACACAUAGGUGUAUGACUGGGCUAGCAAAUUUCCUUUUUCUGAAAGAAGAAUUUAUGCACCUAACCGAAUAAAUUAUACAUAAGAAUAAUCGUGUAAUGCUCGUGACUCUUCCUCCAAACAUAAUUAUACAGAUGAACUAUAAUCCAUUUAAGUAUCAUAAGAUUAGUGCAGUGUUUGAUCUGAUAGAAAUUGGUGGCAAUCAUCCUUUCAAGUGUUUCACCAAAUCUAUAUAGCCCAGGUUAGUGGGUGGGGGUUUCAGCAAGCAAUGUAAAUACAUUGAAUUGCUAAUGGAGAACCGGGGCUAUAGUUUCCAAAUAUAAUUUAUAUACCCUUGUGUAAAAUAUUGACAGACAAGUCUAAUGUCUCAUAAACAGGGUGUUAUGUGUUAUUUGCAAUUGGGUUUAAAAGAUAAAGGUAUCUGUCAAAAUGA